GCUUCAACAACCCUCCCUCCGAUCAGUGCCCCGCAAAACCCCAGUGCCACGGGCUGCACCCCAUCCGCCUCGGGAGGCGAUUAGGGUUUCAUCCCCACGGCCGCUCCAGUCCCUACGGCAGUGGAUCCUGACUCCCGAGCUCGCCUUCUCCCCGCUGUCGCUGGAGCCCGUCCGCCCUCCGCCAUCCCGUCCCGCUCGCCGCUGCCCUUCGCCGCCGCCCUUGGUGCUCGUCUCCGGCUCCGUCGCCGCUAGGGUUAGGUUUUCCGCCCCCCCCCCCCCACCAUCGCCACUCGCCGGAGGGCUCGAGCUCACGGGGUUCUCCUCCUCCGCUCCGGGGGUCCUCCUCGUCCUUCCGCUCGCCCUCAUGCGCGAUUUCAGCUGUCUUGUGGGUGCGGUUGGGGCUCAAAUGGUGAACUUUGGAGUUGGAAGUACUUAAGGAAACUUGCUCUACAGUGUUUUGUAUCUUUCUGUUGUAUGAGUCAGUUGCUUUUGAGGUAUACCUCUUAGUUAACAAUGCAAACAAGAAAAAAGGGUGAUGCAAGAUAUGCAGCUGGGGAUCAUGCCAAUCCUAAAACAAGCAGGCCAUCCAGAAGAGCUACUCAGUUUGCAGCUGCUGAAAAGAAAGUAACUGAUCUCAUUACGUCUUCUUCCAAGAAGCAGAAGCCUGUUGGCUUCUCUUCCAAGAAGCUUUCUAAAGGAGGAAGGAAGCUGUCAGUUGCAUAUGACACAGCUGAUACUGAAAAUGAAACUCCUCAGGUGGCCCCUAGUAUCCCUCCUGAUCAGCAGCACUCUGAUGGCAUUGCAGAUGAUUGUCCAAGCAAUACCAUAUUCUCCCCUACGUACCAUCAUCACAAGGAAGGUGGUCUGAAUAACUUUUCGAAAGGCUUAGAUCAUAAAGGUGCUCCUUUAGGUUCAGCUGGCUCAUUAGAAGAACAGACGACACAUUGUGAUGGUAGUAAGGAAGCUACCCUAAAAUCCGGGUCCAGUAAUUAUAGCGGAUGCAUUAACCUUGCAUGUAACACUCGUGAUGGGACAAGUGAGCACUCUUGCACACUCAAUUUGCAAGCAACUGGGCAGAACGCAUUGCUUGAAGUGGAUGAGUUCAGUGAACUGGGAAACCUUUCUUCAGAAGUGUCAGCAAUAUAUCUUGCUAUGCAGCAAUCUAAGUUGGAGUGCAUUGAUGAACAUAGUCAAGAUUCGACCUCAACAGAAGGUGAUGUUGAAGCUGAGGAAACUGAGGAGUAUGAUGAAUUUGAUCCAUAUGCUUUUAUCAAAGAUCUACCUGAUCUAUCUAUGGUGGUUCCCAAGUUUCGACCUGUUCUCCUUCCAAAGCAAACCCGGAGUUGCCCUAUGAUUAGUCUUGUACUUGAUUUGGAUGAAACACUUGUGCAUUCAACUCUUGAACACUGUGAGGAUGCUGAUUUCACAUUUCCAGUUCAUUUCAACUUUAGAGAGCACACAAUAUAUGUUCGAUGCCGCCCCUAUCUCAAAGAGUUCUUGGAGAGGGUUGCCAGCUUGUUUGAGACAAUUAUUUUUACUGCUAGUCAAAGCAUUUAUGCAGAACAACUUCUCAAUGUUCUUGAUCCUAAAAGAAAGCUGUUCCGUCAUCGUGUUUAUCGUGAGUCUUGUGUCUAUGUGGAGGGCAACUACCUAAAGGAUCUGACAGUGCUUGGACGUGACCUAACUCGUGUAAUGAUUGUUGAUAAUUCUCCACAGGCCUUUGGGUUCCAGUUAGACAAUGGCAUUCCUAUAGAAAGCUGGUUCGAUGAUCCUAAUGAUAAGGAGCUGCUGAAUUUGCUCCCGUUUCUAGAAAGCCUGGUUACUGUUGAAGACGUUCGGCCGUAUAUAGCGAGGAAGUUCAACCUUCAGGAGAAGGUAGCUACUGCAUCUUCUCUCGCAAUGGACAUGCAAAUGUGAUCCACUAUUGCCAAGGAUCAUUUCCAUGUUAAGGUGGUAGCAGUGAUAAAUGUAGAAAAAGUGUUGAUAUGUUGAUUCUGUAGGCCGUAGUAUAUCAGGAUCCCCCUCAUGUUGCAAUGUUGUAUGUUUUUUUGACCGGCAUGCACAAUUUGCCCCUGUUGUAAACUUUACUUACUAUGAAUAAACCAUCUUCGAAUCA